GAGAGAAGAUGAAGAGAGCGAAUGGUGUAUCUACUAAUUUUUAUACGCUGACGGAAACAAGAUGCUGCGUCCUUCGAUGCCCGCCUGGCGGGCCGUAGGUCGACGACGAGGGCGGUUCAACAAGAAAGCCGUGUUGCGGACAGAGGAGGGCAGAGAUGACGCGUGGAUACCAGGAGCAGAUGGGGCUGCAGCCAAUGGGCCGGAAAGCAGAGAUGAUGGUACUUCCACCUCGGCAUCUGCAUCAACUCCCGCUUCGACAUCGACUAUACCUGAUCAACGCAGCAAUUUCAACCGGACUAGAAGAUUAUCAAGUCGUGGACCGGCGACUCAGGCCUAUCAGGAAGUCAGUAGCGAGACGAGG